UUUUAUUACUGUGUAGUGUAGACUGUAGACAAUAUUUCAUAUUAUGUGGUGGUUAUUCUUUUUAUUGAUACCUGCGCAGGCGCAAGUGAACACACCGCAAAACUUUACCUCACCAUGUCUGGACCAGAACCACAUAUUCUUCGUGCCAGGAGUGCUGGCAGCUGGUGGAAGCAGUAGAGCCUGCCUGUCGCGGUUCCAUCCUGACGGCCAGGCGCGGAUGAUCAUCACCCUGGUCACGGAAGAUGGGCAGAGAGUGUCUGCUAGCAGGGAUCUUGCUACAGGGGACGGCGGCUGUCUCGACCUGUCGGUUCCGCAAAAACCGAACACAAAGGCUGAUGUGAAUGUCAAUGUCAGAUACAUAGACGGCAACUGCGUCUGGACACAACGUGUGCCCGUCCGCAUCGCCGCCAGCAAAGUACUGGUGGUCCACACUGAGCGGGCACGGUACCGACCCGGGGAAGUGCUGAAAUUUCGGGUGCUGGCGCUGAAAACUGACCUCACGCCGGUCAGCACUGCGGUAGAAGAAAUAUGGCUGGAGGGUCCAGGGUCCUGGGAGGUGAAGGCAGCCCAGUGGAACCGCGUGCGCACCAGGACAGGUCUGGUGCAGCUGCAGCAUGAACUGGACGAGCUCGCUCCACCUGGGAAGUGGACCUUGAGGGCACGGCUAGAUGAUGGGUCACAGGGUUCUUCAACUUUUCUGGUGGGAAACUAUGAGCUCCCUCCAUUUCAACUGACAGUGCGACACUCCGCCAAGGUGCUGCGCUCCAGUGAAAGACUGUCGUGGACUGUGUGCGUUAGGUAUCCUUGGUCAGAAGCAGUAGAAGGUAUGCUGGUCAUCCGCAUCCGAGGUGCUGGCUCUUCAGCUGGUAUACGUACGGCGGUGCGGCUGCGCGCCCGCGCCUGCCAUCGCCAUGCCGCCGCCGCCAGACGAAUACAGCUGGACAAGAUGGCCGCUGAUGACGUGGUGAUUGCUGACUUCUCGUUCCAGGAAGAGGGUACUAGGGUUUGGCAGAACACUACCGUCGUGUCACAGGUCGUAGAGAAUCCAGUGAGCUUGGAGUUCUUGGUUAAACACAAACCUGUCAUUUCACCUGGACUACCGUAUAAGUUGAAGAUCGAAGCCACCCGUUGGGACGACAAACCAGCCACAAACGAACUCGUCCACGUGUGUCGCUCGCCUGCCACAAGCGAGAACGACGCGCGAGUAACAAACGCGGCGUGUGUAGACGCCCUUACCGACGACAGCGGCGUCGCGCGUGUCAUGUUCACCGUGGAGGAGCACGCCAGCCCGUACUAUGUGUUUGAGGCCAGUGCCCGUAACACACACAUAAGGCUGGUCGCACACAGCGCGGUGAGCGGCGCGCGCUCGGCGUUCGGCCCGCUCCGCGCCGCACGAACGCGCUCUAUACUGCCGCUGUAUUUGCGACUACCCGCACACAGCAAUACUCCGGUCACUGUGCACUUUGUUGUAAUAACUCGAGGUGGUACAAUAUACCGGUGGGGAGCCACCACGCAAUGUCCCACUCACGACUCAGACCAGAUCCACACCACCACCAGAAACAGCAUUUGUCCAACCCUGGACAUCCCCCGGAGAAGUAACCUGAUCAUCACCAACUCAUCAGAUUUAGACUCUUUGAAGGACUUCCACGCUGCCAAGAUAAUGCUUCCACUGAAAAUGAGCCACCAAAUGUGCCCAGAUAGCUAUCUAUUCGCGUAUUUCCAGUAUGAUGGUGAACUUGUGACGGCAAGCAAGCAUUUCGAAAUGGAGGAAUGUUUUACGAAUGAGGUGGAACUAUCUUGGGACAACCGUAUAACGCCUCCUGGGUCCACCGCAACUCUAACCCUCUCUACACUCGGUCCAGCUCUCUGUGCCCUCUCAGCUAUAGACAAUGCUGCCAAAUGGACAAACCCACCACACGAGCUGAAGGACGAAGUGAUGCAGCAACUACGAAGAGUUAUACAGACGCAGAGGAAUAUCACGCAGUAUGAUGCAGCGGGGGAUUGUUUCUUGACCUCAGAGGAGCCAUUCGAUGAAGGCUCCGAGCUAUCUGCGAGUGGAGUCCGUAGUAUAGGCGCGGGUGCACGGCCGCGCUGCGUGCGGGGACCACAAUCACUCACUGAUGAAAUUAAACCGAGGACUGAUUUUGCUGAGGCAUGGCUAUGGCGUCUUCUCCCAGUUGGCUCUAACGGCACUGGAGUCACGUCUGCUGUAACCCCAGACUCCGUCACCAGAUACGAGGCGUCCGCCUUCUGUCUGUCCAAGACCGGGGUUGCUGUGUCACAACCUGCUGUAUUACAGGUGUUUCGUGAAUUUUUCAUCCACGCGGACGGUCCCAAACAACUACGACGCGGCGACACCACCAUCAUGCGAUAUCGCCUCUUCAAUUAUCUAUACGAGUCUCUCAGCGUACAAGUAACAGUAGCAUCAGACCAAUCUCUGGAUAUUCUAGAACGUACAGAGCUGUUAUGCAUAAGAGCUAGAUCAUCCGUAGCUCGUAGACUUACCAUCACAGCUAGAGAGUUAGGUGAGGGUAGUUUGAGGAUACGCGCUGAACCCAAGAGAGGCGCUUGUGGUAAUAACACUACUGCUGGGAGUGGAGAUGAAGUAGUUAUUAAAGUAAAGGUGGAACCUGAAGGCGUCCCGACACACGAUUACAAAUCUGCAUUACUUUGUGCCAACACCGGUUUCGGAGCUUCGGACGAGACGUGGAAAUGGCCCCAAGUGCAAGCAACGCCGGGAUCAGAGAGCUUGAUCGUUUGGGUCACGGGAGAUCUGAAUGGACCCUUGUUAGCUGAUGCAGACUCCCUAAUCCUCCUACCCCGUGGGUGUGGGGAACAGAACAUGCAGCGCCUCGCCGCCAACUACCUCGCGUCGCUGCUGCAGAACUCCUCCCCAAAUACCAUCACCACAAGACUGCAUAUGGCUAGAGGUUUCGUCCGUCAAAUGCAGUACCUCCACCCAUCAGGUGGGUUCAGCGCGUUCGGUCCCUCAGACCCCGUACCCUCCACCUGGCUCACCGCCUUCUGCGUCAGAUACCUGAGGAGAAUACACCAGACAUUAUACCCAGAUUCUCCAGUGCCAGAUUUCAUUAAUCGCGCUGAACGAUGGCUGAUCGACCAGCAGAUGGAAAACGGAUGCUUUAGGAACGAGGGGCAGAUUUUCCAUAGAGAACUUAGGGGUGGAAUAGAAGACGACGGUGAAAUAGCCAGCGUAGCUCUCACAGCAUACACCAUCUCAUCUCUCAUGGAAAGCACCACCAUACUCCCAUACCGCAUCAUCAAGAACUCCCUAUCAUGCUUCCGUGCGCUACCGCCAGCUAAAUCCAAGACGUCCUCCAAGAUAUACGCUCAUUCCAUACUAGCUUAUACUCUAAUGAGGUUGAGGAGGUAUGAGGCGGAAUUGGCGAAGAUGAACGAGGCUAGUCCUUGGGAGAAACCGUCAGCGUUGAAGGAUAGUGAGGAAAUGAGGGAGCUGGUGGAUUUAAUACGAGUGGCAAAAAGAAGUGGGGAGUUCGUUUGGUGGGAUUCUGGUAAUCUAGCAACGUCAAUAGAGGCGACAGGGUACGCGUUGCUGGCGCUAGCGGAGUGUCCAGUGACUCUCCAGCCAACUUGCGCGGUGGAUGCGCGAGCCGCUGUACUGUGGCUGUCCACACAUAGAAGUGUUGGCGGGGGAUUUGUGUCUACUCAGGAUACCCUAGUAGCACUAGAAGCAUUGCUCCGUUGGUCCACUAUCCUACCUCCACCAAGUAACUUAAGAGUGAGAAUACAGAGCAAGUACACAACUGAAGCUGUGAAUUUGGCUCCAGGGAUGACUAUACCCAAUGUCAUCAAGAUGGACAUCAGUGACAAACUUAGUGUCACUGUUGAAGGUACGGGGUGUGCGCUGGUGCAAGCGACUCGCAGCUACAGCAGCACUGGCGCGACAUCGCGCCAGUCGCUGUCAGCCGAUGUAUCGGUGCGAACUGACGGGCCUUUCAACUGCGAUAACACCACUAACUGUUACUGCGCUGCGAUUGUUGAUGCAUGUGUGAUAUGGCGCGGCCCGCUGCCCGCCAUGAGUCUAGCGGAGUUGUCGCUGCCGGCGAGCUACGCGGCGGACGCUGGCAUGCUGUACGCGCAGCUUAAGAAAACUAACACGUUACUGCGUCGCAUAGAGUUGUCCACGAGCGGGGGUAAGGCCACUUUAUACAUCGGGACACGAGACGGGGCCGACACGACUCCGCGGGCCGGCCACGAGUGCUUCAAGAUACAUGUCGUAGGACCAAAAGUGAAGACCAAACCUGGAUAUGUCAAGAUCUAUGAUUACUAUCAUCCAGAGGUUAUGGAUACCCAGACCUUCACCAUUCCCGAAGAUUGUCCAGCACCCGUAGAUACAAGUCGUAAACCAAAAUAUUCGUCAACUGAUAACCUAUUCAACUCUGCGAAAUCUCCGGAUGGCGAUGAAAUACUAAUCAUUGAUGAUUUCUCAUAUGAAGAUGUACCUGAAGGUAUACCACUUGAUUAUCCAGCAUAUGACAAUAUCGUAAAAGAAAUUGAAAGAAAUACAUCUAAAAUUAAUGAUGUAACUCUAGGUAAAGAAAAUUCAGCUAAUAACAAAGAAAUACAAGACGUAGGUGCUAUAAAAUUGAAUGAAACUGCACAAUUUGAUGACAUAAGUAAAUCAAUAGAUAACAGAACUGUUAAAAUAAAUAUAAGUUCAGUAGAAACAGAAAUUAAGGAAAGUAAUAAAACUGCAGAUGUUAAAUUGAAUGAAAUAGUCACAGAAAAUAAUGUUAGUAACGCAGAAAAUAAUACAAAAUCGCCAAAUAAUGCAACAAAAGAAAAAGACUUAAUAAGAGAAGUUGACAAAGAAGAAAUAAUAGCUGUAAGUGAAAGUCAUAAAGAAGAAGUAAAAACUGAUGAAACAAAAGAAGUUGUUAAAGUUAAUGAACUUAAAGAGAAGAAUCAAGAUAUAGUAUCUACAGAAUCUCCGCACUUGUCCAACUUUCAUGAAGUGAAUUAUGAUUUGGAAGUGCCUUCUGGUCUCGAAGGACCAGUACCUUCUGUGGUGCUGCCUCCUAAAGAUUUCUUCGUUAAAUCAGAUCAACCCCUGCAGACUCGCCGGCAUUUUGAACCACUAUUUAUUCCAAAUUAUGUUUAUAUCAACCCACAUUUCGUAGUGCGAUAAGCUACAUUAUACAAUUACUGGCAAUAUUAGCCUAAAGGACCCAACAUUGGUUCAGUAGCCGCUGGACGGCCCUUCUCAUUUUGGCAAUAAUAUU